AUGAAGGUGUUACUGCUCAUCAAUAUAAUAAAUCGAUAUAAAGAUAUUACUAAAGAUGUAACUGCUCAUCAAUGUAAAGACGAUAUAAAGAUGUUACUGCUCAUCAAUAUAAUAAAUCGAUAUAAAGAUAUUACUAAAGAUGUAACUGCUCAUCAAUGUAAAGACGAUAUAAAGAUAUUACUGCUCAUCAAUGUAAAAAAAAGAUAUAAAAAUGUUAGUGCUCAUCAAUGUAAAAAACAGUAUAAAGAUCAAUGUAAAAACAAUAUAAAGAUGUUACUGCUCAUUCAUAUAAUUAAACGAUAUAAAGAUAUUACUAAAGAUUUAACUGCUUAUCAAUGUGAAAAACGAUAUAAAGAUGCUCAUCAAUAUAAUAAAUCGAUAUAA